UCCCAGAAGGUGCGCGUGCGCCACGCACAAGUACAUCCUGGUCUGCACACUGGACGGCGGAGAAUGGCGGAACGAAAUCGGGUGGAGAGUUCGGCCCAGGGGGUAUCAAAAAUGGAAGAUUUACAGAUGAAAAAUCUGAACCAAACUUCACACCAAGAUCUUAAAGAGACACAGCAAAAUCCUAAAGAGUCAUUCAGUUCACCAGGAAAUAUAGAUCAUCUAACUUUACCCGUGGAGGAAGAAAUGUUUGUUUGUUCUGUCUGUGGUAAAGGAUUUCAAACAUUAACGUGGCUGGAAGAGCACCAAGACACACACACUCGAGUGGGUAUGUUCCAGUGCACUGACUGUGAAAAAUGCUUUAACCAAUUACACAGCCUGAGAAAACAUCGCACUGCUCACAGUGAGGAGAAACCAUACACUUGUUCCGUGUGUGGGCAAGGCUUCAGGCAAUCAGCUAGCCUCAUGCGGCACCACUGUAGUCAUGCUCGGGAACCACCGUAUCAAUGUGAGGACUGUGGAAAGGGAUUCAGUUACCUGUCCAAACUGCAAACCCACCAGCGAGUUCACACUGGGGAGAGGCCAUUCAGCUGUUCCAUAUGUGGGAAAGGAUUCAGUGAAUCAUUUAGUCUCCAGAUGCACCAGCGGGUUCACACUGGGGAAAGGCCAUUCGGCUGCUUUGUGUGUGGGAAGAGUUUUAUCCGGUCAGCCCACCUGCUGAGACACCAACGAGUUCACACCGGGGAGAGACCAUUCACUUGUUCUGUGUGUGGGAAGGGAUUUACCCGUUCCUCCAUCCUAUUAGAACACCAACGGGUUCACACUGAGGAAAGGCCCUAUAAGUGCUCAAUCUGUGGGAAGAGCUUCAAAAGUUCCAAUGAAGUGAAAGUCCAUACACUGAUUCACUCUGGACAGAGACAAUACAGCUGUUCUCACUGUGGGAAGAGUUUUGUACAAUCCUGCAACCUGUUGAAACACAAAAGAAUUCAUACAGGGGACACACCCUUCAUCUGCUCAGUGUGUGGAAAGGGGUUUGUGGAGUCGGCCACACUUCUGAGACACCAUCGGGUUCACACUGGGGAAAGACCUUUUACCUGCUCAGUCUGUGGGAAAGGAUUCAGUCAUUCAUCCUCCUUGCUGAAUCACCAGCGAAUUCACACUGGGGAGAGGCCAUUUACCUGCUCCACCUGUGGGAAGGAAUUCAAUCGGUCAUCAAACCUAUUAAGACACCAGCGAGUUCACCUGUGACUGCAGUGAGUGGAUUCUGCUGAAUGUUCAAGACGGACUGUGUUGGGAUUUGUUUCUGCUGAAGUAAAGUAAUUCUUAGAAUGAGGUUGGAUUUUAAUAUUCUGUGCAGUCGUUUUAAACACAUGUUCAUUCAAGCCUUUGUUAUUUUUAAGAUGAAAUGAAAUCUAAUUGUUGCCUUUUUUGGGAUGUAUUGUCCUUUUGAAGACUGCCACCUUGAUUAUUCUCUACUGAUCAAUGACACGCAGGGAAACGUCUUUUAUAAUUACAAAAUAAAAGUCUUGACAUAAAUCUUGAAUUAAUCUUU